AUGAAUCUCCUCGACCCUUACCUGAAAAUGAGCGAAGAACAGGACAAGUGUCUCUCCGACGCGCCCAGUCCCAGCAUGUCCGAGGAUUCCGGCGGCUCGCCGUGCCCGUCCGGCUCGGGUUCGGACGCGGAGAACAGCCGUCCGUCCGACAUGCACCUCCUGCACGGGGCCGAUUACAAGAAGGAGGGCGACGAGGAGAAGUUCCCCGUGUGCAUUCGGGACGCCGUGUCCCAGGUGCUCAAAGGCUACGAUUGGACUCUGGUACCCAUGCCGGUUCGCGUUAACGGCUCCAGCAAGAACAAGCCGCACGUCAAGAGACCCAUGAACGCCUUCAUGGUUUGGGCUCAGGCUGCGCGUCGGAAGCUGGCUGACCAAUACCCGCAUCUGCACAACGCGGAGCUCAGCAAAACUUUGGGCAAACUUUGGAGGCUGCUCAACGAGGCCGAGAAGCGGCCGUUCGUGGAAGAGGCCGAGCGCCUGAGGGUGCAGCACAAAAAGGACCACCCGGACUACAAGUACCAGCCCAGGCGGAGGAAGUCUGUGAAAAACGGCCAGAGCGAGCCCGACGACGGCGAGCAGACGCACAUCUCGCCCAACGCCAUAUUCAAGGCUCUGCAGCAGGCAGACUCGCCCGCUUCCAGCAUGGGAGAGAUGCACUCCCCCGGGGAACACUCAGGUCAGUCCCAGGGUCCGCCCACACCCCCGACCACCCCCAAGACGGACCUCCCCUCGGCCAAGUCGGACCUGAAGCGCGAAGGUCGCCCGCUUCAGGAAGGCCCCGGCCGCCAGCUCAACAUCGACUUUGGCGCCGUCGACAUUGGCGAGCUGAGCAGCGAGGUCAUCUCCAACAUGGGUAGCUUCGACGUGGACGAGUUCGACCAGUACCUACCGCCUCACAGCCACGCCGCCGCCGCCCAGGGGGGCUACCCCGGGAGCUACGGUGUGGCUGGCUCCGCGGUAGCCCCGCAGGGGACCUGGAUGUCCAAGCAUUCUACUCUGGCAGGGGAGGCGGCUCAACAGCGAGCCACUCAGAUCAAGACGGAGCAGCUGAGCCCCAGUCACUACAGCGAGCAGCAGCAGCAGCAGGGGGGCUCCCCCCAACACGUGGCCUACGGCUCCUUCAGCCUGCAGCACUACAGCGCCUCCUCCUACCCGCCCGCCAGCAGGGCCCACUAUGACUAUCCCGAACACCAAGCUGGCGCUUACUACUCUCACUCCUCCGCUUCGGGUCAAGGCUCCGGCCUGUACUCCACCUUCAGCUACAUGAGCCCCAGCCAGAGGCCCAUGUACACCCCCGUGGCCGACAGCGCCGGGGUCCCUUCGGUGCCGCCCGCUCACAGUCCGCAGCACUGGGAGCAGCAGCCCAUUUACACCCAGCUGAGCCGGCCGUGA